AUGCCCGGGGUGAUUCUCCGGCGCCUCUACGAGGUCUCCCCGGCGACGGAGGUGCACAUCCUCAGUUCCCAGGUCGCGCUGACCCAGAGGAUACACCUGCAUCAGCCGAGCCGGGGGCCUCCGCAGCUCGCGUGUCUCCGGUCUGUCGCGGCGGAGUGGUUCCGCGGCGAGUAUGAUCCGGCCCCAGAUCGGGGCCGGGGGAGGGGAUGGGGAAGCGUGCAUCGGCCGGCGUCGUUGAAGGAACUGAUUGUUCGGAGUCCGCGGCUGACGCAUCUGUCGCUGACGGGACGGUCGACGUGGCGACGGGGGCAGCGCUGGGCGAACGAGGCGCCGGGGAAAGAGGAGGAAGAAACAGCGGCCGAGAUCGAGGAGCGAGGGCUGAUCACGCUGGAGGACGGAGAUCGGCUGCCGGAGACGCUGGCGCAUCUCGCGUUCCGGGGGAUGCGGUUCGGCGCUGCGCAGAGUCGUCUCUGGGCGACGCAGUUGCGCUGGGAGGGCGUGCGGUCCCUCUCGCUUGUUGCAGUGGACUGGAUUCACCUCUUGCCUGCUCUCAGAGGGGGAGCUCAGCUGCGCGAGCUGGUCUGGCUCGAGCUGGGCAUGCCGCGGUUCACGAAUAGGGGAAGAAGAAUCAAUCCGGAGGCGGCGCGACAACGCGCCGGGCUGCUGGAGGCCUUCCUCCGGACACAGCCCCGCUCGCUGCGCACCUUUAUCGGAGUGGACCUGCCUGCGGACGUGGUUGCGGUGGUGGCCGAGGCGCACGGGGCGGGCCUGCAGCAUCUGCGCCUGAGGACAUCAUCAUCAUCAUCCCGCGAUCCAGCGACUCUCGCGCCGGCCCAGCUGCAUCAACUCCCCGAGGACUUUCCCAACCUCCGGUCUCUGGGCUUGUUUCUCCCCUCUUCGCAGUGUGACAGUGACAUUGACAGCCUCCUCAUCCCGCUCCGCCGUCUCCCGCACCUCCACCAUCUGGAGCUGAAUUUCCCUGCUCGACAGUCUGUCCCGCGCCCCGACCAAGGGCCUGCCAAUAACGACUCCCUCAACAUUGAUUCCAGCAAUAUAUUCAACCUUUUCCACCGUCUCGAUAUCCCGGAUGGCCCACACCUGCGCUCCUGCCACAUCCUGCACGGGGACUGGAAUAGCCUCGACCACCCGCCCUGCCACAGCAGCCAGCACGACGCGAUCCUCGUUGCCGAACGCGACCCCGCCGGGUAUGUCCAGGUCUCCCAACUGUCACGGUGGCGACGGGCUCCGGGACACGAUCGGCACAGCACGCCGACUUCCUCGGUGAACCUGGUGGGCCGGACGCUGGAGGUGGGGGGCUGGCCGGGGAUGGCCGGGGAGGCGGAGGCGGGGCUGACGACCACGGCGGUCGCGGUAGAUAUAGGAUGGGGGGUGAAGGAUGCUCGGUGGGGGAGACGGUAGAUCGAUCCCGAGACAAUCAUGCGUGGAGGAUGCUUUGCGAUUGACGAUGCUGUGUGAGGGACGUCGGGUUUCUCUUUUGUGGAGGGGUGGCGUGUGUCUCGUGGUAACCGGCGCCGUGCUUGCUAGAGAGAUUCUGGCCGGAGGAGGGGUUAGGGUGUUGGGGGGACACAAGAAAUGGGUAUACUUGAAUAAGGUGGUUGAUCUUGAUACUCCCUGGGAGCUUGCCAUGUCCACCAGAAACUUUUACAGAUUUUGAAGGCUUUGCUUACGUGGCUACCAAGGGUGUCUACUUCUGUUUCAGUAACAUGAUGUCUGGGAUUGGGGUAUACUGGGGUAGAUGCAGCUCUUUCGCAUGUUUGUGUGAAGAUAAU